UGUGCUUACAAAUAACAAUAAGUUAGUGACCACAUCGUAUCGGAUUGAGUAGAUUUGCACAGAAUCUUUAAUAAUAAUUAUUGGUGUUAUUAUGUAAUAUUCUUCGAAAUAUGGCACCGAGCAGGUCACAAGGUCACGCUUUUGGGCUACGUGACCUUGUCGUAUCCUUGUUCCCCGUUCUUAUCGGACUUAUCGCGUCCGUCCUCUUUUGGGGGUUAAUUGUCCCCCUUGGUCUCCUUAUUCUUAUACCGUUCAGGACAUUUGUACUCCAAUCUGCCCUCAAUUUCCGCUAUGGGAAGGGACGCUUCACUUUGGCAGAUGGAAUCGACGCAUUAUUCGGAAACGACGAAACUUCAGGAUCGUCUUCAGCACCGCACAUGCUUCUCGUCUGCAAAGGGACCACUCCAAAUAUUUCCGUCUUGCAAAACCGUUUCCUCCAGCAUGUCUUUACCUACGGGGACGACACGUCGGGUCAAGCAAUCUUUGGGGAGAGGCUCAAAUCCCGAUUUGUAGCGAGAAAAUGGGGCUGGCCGGUGUGGGAGAGGAUGGACGAGGACGCAUUCGAUAUCCGUCGUCAUGUCAAGCUCUUAUCAAAUUCUGGUAGCAUGUUAAGUGAAGAUGACGUUCUUGACAGGAUGUCAGAGCUCAUACAGGAAAAAGAGGUCCACGCAACCGCGCCACAAUGGGAAUUCCUCCUCGUACCAUAUUACACCCCAAAAAACGUACCUGCUCAAAGCCAAGAUAGUUAUUUUGCCUGCAUAAUUCGACUCCAUCACGCAUAUGGUGAUGGAGCAUCGGUCCUCCUCCUUCUCGAUAAAGCCUUAGCAGAUUGUCCCAUCGCUUGGAAAAUUGACCCCAUGCAACCACUCGUACGAUCCCCUCCACUCAUUUGGACCCUAUCUGCGCACGCGUUUGGAAUUUUGCCCUUCCUUCGCACCCUCUUUUCCACAAUGUGGGACAAUUCGCCCUUCAUUGUGGAGGAAAAACGUGGCUAUUCAGACCGCAAAUUCGUCGCAUGGUCGGAACCGAUAAGGCUCUCGUUUUUUAAAGAGUUGAAAAAUAAUUCUGGCACUGCGUUUUCCUCCAUUGUGCUUACGGCAUUUUGCAGCGCCCUGAGAAAAUUAUACCAUCAGAAAAUGGACAGCUCCCAGUUACCCGACGUAGCAAAAGUUGCACUCGUCUCAGCCAUGAUUCCGUACAAAACGUGUCGACUACAAAACACGUUUUGCACAUAUUCCGUCCCCUGCGCCAUAAGCCAGCCCGACGUAUCUCUUCGCCUUCAAGAAACACACGCUUCUCUAAAGAAAAUCACUUCUUCGGGAGAACCAAUUUUUGCCUAUUUCGCCAUGCGAGCGUCCGGCCUACUCCCCCGCGUCGUGAUGGACCCCAUCAUUUCAGCGGCUCGAACGGCCAUCCUCUACUCAAAUAUUCCUGGCCCAACCCGACCCGUCGUCCUGUUUGGGAGCGAGGUUAUCCAAAUGGGGGGAUGGUUAUCGAUGAUAAAGAGUUAUGGGUUUGGAAUCAUUUCGAAAAGCACGUGUGACCACGUCCGCCUCUGUUUGACCACAGAUUCGAGUCUGAUUUCUUCUCGGAGUGAACUCUCCCGUUUUUUGGAGGAUGUCGAAGACGAGUUGGAAAUGUUGGGGAGGAUUUAUCACGUACCGUUAGUUAGGAACGAUAAGGAUGAUAUAACCAGUACGAUAAGACGGAGGAGGAGCGACUAUGACAUGGACCUUAAGAGAACUGGAUAACUAUCUAUGGGCUUAUCUUAUGUGCCAAAAUUAGAAAAUGCAACGCAAAUACUCUUAAUUUUUGACCAUACCAAUGCAAUAAUUUAUUUGCUUAAUCAGUUAAAAUUAAUAAAAUUUAUCAUUUUUAAAAAAACCCAAAAUUAA